AUGGAAACCGGUGGAGAGAACCUGAUAGGUAUCACGAGAGGGAAGAGAGAAACCAGAAUAGGGAUCAUCGUCAUGGCCAUCCCGAUUGUGAACGAGACCACCGACGUGCAAGGGGUGGUCGUGGUGGGGAAAGGAACACUUCCCGAGAAUCUCAUCGGAGAGUUAGGAGUCGGUCACCAAUUGAUAAGGACGCUCGUCAUCCUGGAUAUGAUGCCUCACUAUCUUCGGGCUGUUUCUGUCCAGCCGGAGUUUAAUCUGGUUUCCCGAGGAAAUGGAGAUAAGAUUUGCCCCGUCAGACGCCCCGACAAAGGUGGCUCUUUGGCUGCUAGGCACGUUAGGAUUCUUGUAAACAAUUUUCCUAUCACCUUCAAUCCUGAAAUCAUCAUAAGGCACUAUGAUGUUGACAUCAAGCCUGAGGCGCCUGCGAGGCGCGGUCAUCCUGUGAGGCUAUCAAAAGCCACUUUAUCUCAGAUCAAGGAGAAGUUAUUCUCCGACAAUCGUAUGCAGUUUCCUCUAUCUAUGACUGCUUAUGAUGGUGAGAAGAACAUAUUUAGUGCGAUCUUGCUACCUUGCGGGAUGUACAACGUGAAGAUAUUGUCCACAGAAUACAAUGAGGAGUCUUCGUUUCAAUGCACUAUCACGCUCGUGAACGAGCUCAAGCUUCGUAAGUUGAAGGACUACUUGGCUGGGAACUUGCUGUCAAUCCCACGCGACAUAUUGCAAGGCAUGGAUCUGGUGAUGAAGGAGAACCCUGCGAGGCAUAUGAUCUCAGUUGGCCGACACUUCUAUCCCCUUGAGUAUCAUGAGGCAGACGACCUCAAGUGUGGCAUCGCGGCGUUCAGGGGAUUCCAACACAGCUUGAAGCCAACCUCCCAAGGCCUCGCGUUGUCUCUUGAUUACUCGGUCAUUGCCUUUCGAAAGAGGAUGUUGGUCAUCGAUUUCCUCAAGGAGCACAUACGUGGAUUCAACAUCGGCCAGUUUGCAAGAUACAGGAGGGAAGUCGAGCAGGCCUUGAAGGGGGUGAAGGUCACAAUGACCCACCGCAAGACCAAGCAGAACUAUACGUUCGUGAGGCUGACCAAAGAGACCACACGCUCGAUAUCUUUCAACUGCAAGAGCUCUGAGGGCAAGAUGAAGAAGAUCAACUUGGUGAACUACUUCUCGGAGAAGUACAAAAUUGAGAUCAAGUACAAGGACAUUCCUUGCUUGGAUUUUAGCAAGAACAACAAGAAAAACUAUGUGCCAAUGGAGUUCUGUGUGUUGGUCGAGGGGCAGAGUUACCCAAAGGAGAACUUGGAUAGAGACGCCGCUUUCGUGCUGAAGAAACUUUCCUUGCCUCCCCCACAUAUCAGAAAGAAGUCCAUUUGCGACAUGAUAAGGUCAAACAACGGACCUUGCGGAGACGUCAGCCAAAACUUUGGAAUCAAAGUCGACAUGAACAUGACGAAAGUAGUGGGACGGGUCAUCAAACCUCCCGAGUUGAAGCUGGGGACUUCGAAUGGCAAGAUGAUCAAGAUAGAAGUUGAUAAAGAUAAAUGCCAUUGGAAUCUAAUUGGGAAAUCGGUUGUGGAUGGGAAGCGGAUUGAAAGAUGGGUCAUCAUUGAUUUCAGCGCGUUGGACCGGAAUCGACUCAACUGUAAGCUGUUCAUCCAAAAGCUUAUUGGCCGAUGCAGAAACUUGGGAAUUCGCAUGGAAGAACCGCUCUUUUAUCAAGAUGCGACGAUGAGCAUGUUCUCCAACGUGGCAAGAUUGACUGAGCUGUUGGAGAAUGUCAACGACCGCGCUUGCAGAGUCGGGAGAUGGCGUCCUCAAUUCCUUCUUUGCAUUAUGUCCAGGAGGGACAUCGGUUACAAGCACCUCAAAUGGAUUUGUGAGACUCAAGUUGGAUUAGUUACUCAGUGUUGCCUUUCCGGGCACGCCAAUAAAGCGAACGAUCAGUAUCUCGCUAAUCUGGCACUCAAGAUCAAUGCCAAGCUUGGGGGCAGCAACGUAGAACUAUUCAAUCGAUUUCCGCACAUUGACGGUGAGGGGCAUGUGAUGUUCAUUGGUGCCGAUGUCAACCAUCCCACAUCCCGUAACACGACCAGUCCAUCAUUUGCUGCCGUUGUUGGUACCGUCAACUGGCCUGCUGCCAAUCGCUAUGCUGCGAGGGUGCGACCUCAGCUCCAUCGGCAAGAGAAAAUUGUCAACAUCGGGGACAUGUGUCUUGAGCUCGUCGAGACAUAUGCCCAUCUGAAUCGAGUUAGGCCCGGGAAACUCGUAUUGUUUCGCGAUGGUGUGAGCGAAAGCCAAUUCGAUAUGGUUCUGAAUGAAGAACUGCAGGAUCUGAAGAAGGCUUUCACAGGGAAAGAUUACAGGCCAACCAUCACAAUCAUCGUGGCUCAGAAGCGUCACCAAACUCGUCUUUUCCCAGAGAGAGACGUUGAUGGGGGUCCCACAGGCAACGUGCCACCAGGGACAGUCGUGGACACAACAGUCGUGCAUCCUUUUGAAUUCGAUUUCUAUCUGUGUAGCCACUAUGGCGGCCUUGGGACGAGCAAGCCAACCCACUAUCAUGUCCUCUUGGACGAGCACAAGUUUAGCUCCGACCACUUGGAGAAGUUAAUUUACAGCUUAUGCUUUAUGUUUGCUCGAUGCACCAAACCAGUGUCUCUGGUCACGCCUGUGUACUAUGCUGAUCUCGCCGCCUACAGAGGAAGGUUGUAUCACGAAGCGAUGAUGGAGCAUUCUCCCAGUUCGAUGGCAUCUUCAUUCUCCUCGAUGGCAUCCUCAUCGUUCUCAUCACUUGGUUUGAAUGAGGAGCGAUUCUGCAAGCUGCAUGCUGAUGUGGAGAACAUGAUGUUCUUCAUUUGAAGGCCAUAGGCUCCAAUGUCUAGAAGAAGUCCCGAGGACGUUCCAUCUAAAAGAACUAGUAGGAGGCCUUCUGGAUGUUGCCAUUACUUCCAGAAAAGAAGUUCGAUGAAGUGAUAGCCUAAUGGAGCAAUGUUAGCAUGACUGAGCAAUCGAUAGUGGCUCCGUAAUGGCCAGCACUUAGUGAACUUCUAGACACCGGAGCCUAAACCUUCGAGUGAAGACAGAAUGUCCUCAAGACUUCUAGCCAUUUUAUUCAGGAUUUUUAGGGUUUUAUUAGGGCGUUUUUUUUAAUCCUGGCAGGAUUAAUGCUCAUCAUGUGCAUUAAGGAAUUGUGGA